UUAAGCUUCGAAAUAAGGAGACGGCUCUAAGUUGUUCACAAUCACAAUUACAAUCACAGCACAUCCACAUUCCAUCAUUUGGUCGAAAUCAAGCUCUUCAGCAAUAAAACGACCGUUGUUUUCAAAUUGGGCAGUGCAGCUGCAGUUCACUUCAACAAACCCUAACCCAGCGAUUUGAGAGGCAGCAGCAUGAUCUUGAGGACUCCUCCGCUGAAGAAGCAACGAUCCGAUGUGAGGGCUCUGCCCGAUGCCUCGUCCGGAGCUGCGUCAGAUCUGCCGCUCGUUAUCUAUGAAGACCCUCUUCCCUCGCUGCCACCAACGUCUCAACCAGAGUUGUCGCACAACCACUCUGAGCCCAUGCUCUGCACUUACCAAUGCCGCCAAAUGGUGAAAUCAGACUUCCUAGAUGCAUUAAGCAAUGCAGAGAAGCAAGUUCAUGAUUAUGAAUUGAAGUUGGGCACGGUAAAUGAGAAUCUUUCCAAAUCUGAAGUGGAGAGAAAAAAAUAUCUGGAUCAGUUGUUAUAUACAGAGCAAGAACUUGCUGCUUCAAGAGGACGUGAAAAAGUUUUGCAAGAGCAAUUAAUAAAAGAAGUUAAUGAUUCUGGGGAACAAUUGAAAAAGCAAAUUCAAAUAAACAGUGAACUAGAGAUAAAGUUGCAAAAUGAAUCAAACCUUCGGACGAAAGCUGAGUCUUCAAUUGCAUCAUCAGAAGAGAAAGCAAGUCUCUUGGAAGAUAAAUUAAAUCAUCUUUCUCAAAGCAUAGAAAGAGAAAAGAAGCGUCUUCAUAAUGAGCUUGCACAGUUAAAAGGAGAAUCAAAGCUUUCUGUUUCUAGAAUAAGUGCAGAUCUGGAAAAGAUGGUUUGUAGAGCUAGUAAUGCUGAGAAGGAAUCCGAGCUACUAAAAGAGCAGUUGGAAGACUUGAAGAAGCAACUCAAUGAGUGUUUAUCCCAGAAGAGCGAACUAGAGAAGAAAUUAGCAUCUUUGACAGUCAACGAAGGUACAAGCAAGGAGAGCAAUAUUUUGAUUAAGCAUCUGCAAGAAGAGCUAAGGAACUGUGAAUCUGAAGUGAGAGAAGCUAGGAAGUUGAAAUCAUCUCUUAGUGAUAUUGGAUUAUUGAAGGAGAAACUAUUGGAAGAAAAAGCCCGAAGGGGGAGAGCAGAAGCAGAGUUGUCUAAAUUACAAGACCUUCAAUUAAGUGUAAAGAAAUUGGAGGAUGAAUUGGCACGCAAUGAAUUGUUGAUUAAGGACAUCCCUGGCAUUAAAACUUAUGAAGAUUUACCGAAUAAGAUUUCUUCUCUCCAAAAGGAGGUAAUUGAUAGCACAAUAAAGGUGGGUGAGGUGAGUGCUCGUUUGAAACAAUUGGAAGUAGCACUGGAUACAGCUCAAAUUGAUAAACAAAAGGCAGAAACUGAGGCUACACUUGCAAAAGAAAAGAUUGAAGCAUUAAAGUUAGAAGCUAAGCAGAAUGAAUUGCUUCUUCCCAUGGUUACUGAAGAGAGAGAUAAAUUGAAAAGUCUGGUAAGUGAGUUGAAGGGUCUGAAAAAUGAUGAUACCAGGUCUCAAGUGGCAAGUGAAAAUCUUUCUCAGGAUCUAGACUCGGCCCUUGCAAAGAAAGAUUGGUAUAUUAAAGAAUUAGAAAGUAAUUUACGUGAGCAAACGGAAGUUAAUAACCAACAGCAUGAGGAGAUAAGGUUGUUGAAUGAGAGAUUGAAUAAUGAAGCGAAAAGAAUAAGGUCGUUAGAGAGGGAUUGUGAUCGGCUUCGUUCUGAAAUUUCUCUAUUAGAGUCAAAGUUAGGACAUGGUGAUUUUUCCGCAACAAGUACAAAGGUUUUGCGAAUGGUAAACACCCUUGCUGUUGACAACGAGGCAAAACAGACUAUAGAUGCCUUAAAAUCUGAAUUGCAGAAGACAAAGGAGAAGUUACAAGCUGUUGAAGAAUUAAAGACUCCAUCAGGUGACGCUGGGAAGGUUGUGGAUUCAUACAUAUCUGGAAAAAUAAUGCAGCUAAAGGAACAAAUUGCAACACUUGAAAAGCGUGAAGAGAGAUAUAAGACUGUUUUUGCGGAUAGAAUUUCAGUGUUUAGAAGGGCUUGUUGUGAACUUUUUGGCUACAAGAUUGUGAUGGAUGAACAUCAGCGAGCUGAUGGUAUUCCUGUUACAAGGUUUACCCUUCAAUCAAUAUAUGCUCAAAGUGAUGAGGAGAAGCUGCAAUUUGAGUAUGAAUCUGGGAAUACAAACAUCUUGGCAAAUAGUUACACCUCUCAACCCGAGUUAUCUCGUCAGAUAGAGAUAUUCAUCCGGAAGAUGAAUUCAAUACCAGCUUUUACUGCAAACUUAACUGUGGAGUCCUUCAAUAGGCGAACGCUUUCGUAACACCGCAUUAUACUUUUUCUGAGAGCUCCAAAGUUUCUUGUUGCAUGUCAACGAGUUCUACACAUGUUUGAUUCUUUCGGAGUUAUUUGUGAAUGUGUGAAGCAAAGGAACAUGUUUCCUCAAGUUGUAUGUAAUGUAACUCAGAAGUAAGUUCUUAGCUGUGAAUGAUUUUGGGUUUCUGCAUGUGUACUCGAAGUAAAUGCUCUCAUUUGCCCUGAACUUGUAUGUUUUUAGUGGUAAAGUUUCAACCAUUUGCUGAUAAAA